AUGCAGAUCCUGCAAGCUGAAACUCUGCACCUGCUGCUGCGCGGUCCCGGAUGGGAAAACCUUCGCGCUGCCACGCCUGCUCCAUGGUGCGCUUGGCCGAUCCCACGGACGGCACAGUCGGUGCGAGGAGGAGGAGGAGGAGGAAGAGGAGGAGGAGAGGAGGAGGAGGAGGAGGAGGAGGAGGAGCGCUCAACCGUGAACGCCCGCAGCGGGGUCGCCGCGGACAGUUCCUGGAUCCCCACCUCGCAGCGCCCAGCCCCCACACUGCCCCCCAGCUCGAGCAACGGCUCGUGCAGGCGCAGCUUCGGCAGCUGGUCGACGGUGUAA